UCCAUUUGCCUCUUCAGACACUGGCAGAUGGCGACUCCAACUCCACAUCCCUGCAGCUCUAGAUUCUUCAGGAUCCUCUGGCCUAGUUUCAUACAAAAACUGAUAAUACCCAAAGCUUUUGUUAAGCACAUACUCAAGGGGGUAAGCAUCAAAAGAGCUAGACUAGUGAACCCAAAUGGCAACUCGUGGCUCAUCAACAUCUAUAAAGAGAACCAAUGCAUGUAUUUUGGAGGAGAUGGGUGGAAAGAAUUAAUACAUGCGCACAACUUGAAGUUGGGUUAUAUCUUAGUGUUCUCUUACAAAGGCAAUAUGGUGUUGAACUUCAGGGCAUAUGAUUUGAGUACUUGUGAAAUUACCUAUCCUUCUAAAGUUUUCAACGCGAAGAUUCGCAACCCAAAAGUACCUAAAAACUUUGAGGUCAUCAUGACAAGUCACAACUUGUCCAGGCAGUGCUUGUAUAUUCCGGUGGAAUUCACGAGACAAUGUGAUGGUUUGGCUCAUCGACAUGAGCUGAUUCUCAAGGAUUCGAAAGGUCAGUCAUGGCCCGUUCAUCUGUGUCACAGGAAAAUGGCGAAGCAUGGAUCAGGGAUGCACAUUGGAGGUGGUUGGUUGCAGUUUGCCAAGGGUAACAGUCUGGAUAUAGGUGAUAAAUGCAUUUUCAAGUUGAAGCAAAGAAAGCAGGGUGAUAAUAGAAGAAGAGCUUCAGCAGAAGAUUGA